GGGUUCUCUCUCAAGCUUCAUCUUCUUCCUCCUUUCCUCCUCCCUGUUCAUCCUUCUUCUUUCUUCUUCUUAUUCUUUCUCUCUCUCUCUCUGCUCCCUUCUUCUUCCUCUCUCAAACCUAGAUUUGGGUUUUAGAAAAACUGCUCCCUUCUUCGGCUUUUAGUGGCUUCAAAAUGGUGAAUAGAGAUGCAAAUUCGCUUUGAUUCUAGCUCUGAUCUUGAAACUAGGGCUCAAAUUGUUACGGGAAGGCAAUGGAUGUGGAUUCAACAAUGGUGUCAAAGAACAAUCACGACCAGAACCUUGGUGGUGCGACGCAAUCUCCUGCGCCGAUGGAGAAGGAGCAGCAGCUAGACAACCAGCAGUUGUCUGCAUCCUCUUGCUCAGUAGCAACCUACGGCCAUGCACUUUUACCUUUACCUUUCACUUUCCCUCACCUUUGCAAACCUUAAAACUUUUCUUAUUCUCUCUCUCUCUCUCUCUCUCUCUCUCUCUCUCUCUCUUUUCUCCCUUUUUCUUCCUCACCAAAUCUAGGUUUUUCUCAUCGUCUGCAAUGGCUUCCGGUAGUAACAAGGAUGAUUCUUCCUACCUUUAUGCCAUGUUUCUUGACCUCAAAGAACAGAUAUUAGAGACGGGACAAAAGAUUGAGAAAUUCUUGCAAGUACCGUUCAACAACAACAUCGAUGAAGCAUAUCUGAACGUUGAAACUGUGUCGUUGAGGACGAAAUUCGAAGAUUAGAACACGAGGCUUCAAGAAUUUGCGAAGUAGUUCUGUCCAUCCGGCCUUCAAAAUCUUGAUCCUUUGGAGCUGGAAAUGGAGAUUGGAAGAUCGCUAAGCAAAUUGGGGAAAGAUAAUCAAGAAGCCUUUCUCCAAGGGAUUCAACACUAUAAGAAGGAACUGAAAGAACUUGAUGUGAAGGCUUUGUCUAAUUUCGUGGAAUUAGAUGAUUUUCUCAAACCCAGAUUUGGGUCUGGGUUUCAAGCAUAGCACCUCAGUUUGCUAUCAAUCUAUCCCUGUGAGAACGAAAAAGAUCCCUAACUUCCAAUCUCAAACCAAAUCUUCAGGUUGGUUUCGAAAUUAGGUUCUUAUAUGUAAAUUCCAUGUUUUAUUAUCUUAAACAUAAUCAUGCAAUCAAGUAUGAUUUUGCGUCUUUAGAGAAGGUUUUGAAUCAAAUAAAGCAUGAAAUUAGGG